CGAGCCGGCGAAGGGGGGGCGAGCGGCGCGGAGAGAAGCGGUGAGGCCGGUGGCCGAUGGAGAGGGACAAGCCGACGGAUAAACAUUACGUGCACAGCGAGUCCGCACACACGUUCGUUUAGUUGAAAGGAAAACAUCGUGGCGAUCCGACGCUGUGCGCCGAUCGUCGUCGCAUUUCGCAGACACCGAGUUUCCCACCGGUCUAUCCAACGACAGCUCCGGCGUGCCCGGCUGUUUACCGAUGCGUUGUCCUUGGUCAAGAACAGAAGAACCACCUGAGACCACUGGUACCGAUCCACCUGGGACAGCCUGAGGAAGUUCUCGUUUUAGAAAGGCGAGGUAAAGCCAGCUCGCUCGCUCGUUCGUGGCUCUCAUUGCGAGGAGUGCGAGCGGAUCGAAGAAAGAAGGAAAGGAAGAAGUAUACCGUUGUAGAUACAGUCCACGCUACCAGAAGAGGAUCGCCGGACGAGUUUCCCGGAGGGACGUUCAACGAUCGGAUUAAAGGGUCCACGCGCAGAACAGAUCCUCCUAAGACGUUGGACGGACACGGUCGAUCAUGGAUCUAGUCUACGUCCCCGAAGUCCUGACCUACGGCUUCCUCAGGGGUCAACAGUACAGGGACUACGAGCAGCCCUGGAAUACAAACUAUUUCAACGACGGCCGAUCGCAGAAUCAUUAUCAGCGGCUGCCGCAGCAACACCACGACCAGAAACAAUUGUCGAAAGAGAAUUGCCACCUGUGCCGAGAGAACAAAAGAAGAAGCCUCGCGGCUUACAUAAGAGGCAAAUCGCGGAGAAGUUCUUGCAAAGAGAUCCACGAGGAAGAAGACGAGCAGGACGUUAGGGAGGAGAAUGAUGUAAAUAGUGAUGAUCAGCCGUCGAAAGUGGAAAACGAAAGUUCAAAGGCCGGCGACUCGAAAGAGGAGCGUAAGGAGUCGUAAUACAGUUAAAAUCGUCUUGCAUAAUUGCACGCUGCAUAAUUGCGAUACACUUCGGGUAGACUCUUAUAGAUAUCGAUGAACUUUGCAUACGGGAUACACGAUACGUAAACAGUUUCGGCGAUAUAACGAUUAAUUUAUUUUUGUCAUUUUUUCAUACUUCCGAAUGGAAGAAGACAAAAGUACUACCUUAUUGGUAUGUAUAUACAAAAUGUAUACACACGUGGAUUAUUAUUGAAACGGUAGGCGUGCGAGAGAAAUUAAUGCUCUGCCGUGUUGAGAUAAUAUAUUUAAUUAAAGAAUGAUUCGUUAAUCGGUAACGAGCAUGAGAUAGGUUUACGCAUUAUUGAUUGUUUAAAUUUCUUCCAAUACAUUGUUUAUUAUAAGAAGCAUGGUAAAGAUGUUACGUUAUUAUUCAACGAUUCUUGUAUCUAAUAAACUGCAUUUACAUAGAAAAUUAGAAUUAAGAGGAUAUUCAAUGGGAUAUUGAAUAAUUUAUAAGACUGACUUUACACAAGGAACUAUAUUGGAAGAAAUGUUGGCUGAAGAUAAUGUUAUAGUUAGUUAAUAAGUAUGUUAGAGAAUAGAGUGGUACCUCGACUUAAUUAUCUAUCUAAGUUUGUACCAUGGAACCCAGUUUUUCAUUAUAUUAUAAUGCAGGAUUAUAGAAGCAUCACGGUUCGUUUCUCGAAAUUAAGUUUGAAUCUAAAGAUUAAAAUGGAUUACGAAGAAAGUUCGUAUGCUGAAAAGUUUGUAUGUAGAGCAGCUCGUAAGUCGAGGUACCACUGUAUAUUGUAGAGAUAAUAUAGAAUGCUAAAGAAGUACUAUUAUUAUAAUAUUUACAGACUGUUAAAGAAUGCUUUAUUAAUAGCAAAAGCAAUAAAUAAGUAAUCCUAGAAAGAUAAUCUUUCUGAUUUGUUUUAAUGUCACUUACCUUCAACAGCCAUGUAAGCACGGAUUCUCUAUAUGGAACGAAACCUCGUUUGCGAUUAUUUGUGUUUUCAGCAAGAGAAGCAAUCACUUUUCCUAAUGUAAGCAGUGACUUGUUAAUGGAUACACCUUCCUAUAACAUACAAUUGAAUAUAUUAUAUAUAGACAAGUUACUAUAAAAUUUAACUAUGUAUCCAGAUGUAAUGAAACAAACCUUCAAUCUAUCA